AUGGGAAAACGAACCCAAAUGCUCCCGCUGGGAGUGACACUGGUUACGGCAUUGCUGCUACUGUCCACCACCAUCGGUUACGCCCGCGCGUAUACCUUCGACGAUGACUUCGAGGAUCUGAUCGCCGAGGAAUCAAAUGUGGACGAGGACCUACUGCCCGGAUCGGUGCUGUUACCAUCGGACGUGUUUAACGAUGGCAAACCGUUCCUGGUCGAUCGUGACCCGUCGACGGGAGCGAUUGACUUUCUGCACAAGAAAACGGGCAACCAGAUCGAUCUCGGUGACAGCAAACCGUACGAACCGAACAAGGAUAGCUACGUGAGCGACAAGAAGGAUGUGGUCAUACACCAGUCGACGCCAAACUUUCACGACUUUCUUAACCUGCCCAAGAUGUACUCGCCGGAGAACUUUGUCUCGAUAUCGAGCUCGUACGCGAACCUGAAGUAUCAGGGCAUUAACAAGGGUUCGAACCAUCGUGAACAUGGUAAUACACACAUUGUGGCUGCGACUUCGGCAACCACUGCACCCACCACGACAAGCACGACAACGACAGUGAGUCCAGCGACGUCGACCAAGUAUUUCUACAAUCGACCACAGUACACGGUGGGCAACUACAACCGACCGGGGGCCAGCUCGAACACAUACUAUAGCUUCCCGGCAACGUCGGGACGGCCGAUCACGACACCGACUACAACGACGACCACGACUACCACAACUACACCGACACCGACUACGACUACGACGGAGGCACCAAAAACUACAGUCAAUUCCCAAAAACAGCUUUUCACACGCUACCCAUACAAGAGCACGAUCAAGAACAAGUAUCUCGAGACAUCCGAACAGACGCGCAAGAAAUUCUUCCUGCCAUCGACACUCGCUCUACCCGGUCCGACAACUACAACGACCGAACGUGCUCCUUCCACGCCGAUGCGAUCCUCUACUUACUACUCUCCUUCCGUAAGACCACACUGGCCCUCGACCUACCAUACCACGACGACAACUCAAAGCACCGUUCCCGUGUCGGCUUCGACGGCUCCGGCCAACCCAGUUCGCUUUGUAGACGAUGCGGUGGAACCAUCCAAGAUCAAAUUUACGAUGCCGGCCCUCAAGUAUGAAGGCUCCAGACCAGCACCAUUCCGACCAAUGCCAUCACAGUCGGAAGGUGCAGUGCCGGACCGGGAACCGUCGUCUAGCACCUCCAACACGAAGAUCGAUCUACCUAAGAACCCAGCCGUCAUGUCACUUUCGGAUAUCUUUAGCACACUCGAACAGAAAAAGCGUCUCGAAUCGCAACAGGCCGAAAGCAACCGCGUGGAGGAGGUGGAAGCACCGGAACUGGAACAAGAUUUGCCAACGACACCUCCCGCGAUUGUGUUGCUAAACGAUGGUUCGGCUGGAUCGGUGACCAUCGGGUCUAGUGGUCCCCGUAUCGAACAGUCGAUCGAUCUGUCGGAUCAGUACGUGCGAUACGAAGUGCAUCCACAGGCUCAAGCCCCACCGAGUAGACCACCCUUGGUGCAAACGCAACACCAACAGCAACAACAGUACCAACAGCAGCAAUACAACCAGUACCAAGUGCAUCAAUCAAAUGGACAUCGGCCCCAACCACCAGCGAUGGACGUGAUGGGGGGACAGUACGUGAAGUACGAGGUGCAGCAACCGCAACUGAACGUGGUAAAGUACGGAGCCGUCCCGAGCAUGAAUAAUGUCGUCAUCAGUCCUAACCAAAACUCGGCUACCUUUGUCCUGGGAUCGCAACAGUCCGUAGGCAGCAGCAUUGGAUCGUCGAGCCGUCCCGAUGGUACGGGCCAUUUUGUGGGAUCUGUGUCACAAGAUUCCGUCACGGCAGCGGCCCUAAGCGCGGGUCGUCCCUCCUACCAGAUGGGCCAGGUGCUAGAUGAGCCACACGAUCAAACCAACGUUGGUGCGUCAGUGCAGGUCCAGGUAAAACCGCAAGAUAUCAUCAAGACAACCAGCGUUCGGUUCCCUAGCGAGUCGGACGACAAGUACGAUAACGCACCCAUCAUCAGUGGCACACACAAGUCGGAAGUGUUGCCCCCGAACGGUCACUCGGCACCGGUACGCAACGAUCAGAUGGUUGUGUUUCCUCCAAAUCAAGAUAUCGCAAGCACGUUGCACGAGGUUUCGAACCGUAUCGUGUUUGACUCGCCUGCGCCACCGAGCGAAACGCUCAAUCGGAAUGAACUAUCGAUCGCACCUAAUCCAAACUAUCCGGCGGACUUACCUGAGCAAUUGACGCCUCCUACAGCGCCUGAGCGACCUGAUCUGAUUAAACAACGACCACGGCCACCGAUCCCCGCACAAGGACCACCAUUCCGGUACAGUGAAAUACAGCGACGUCCCUCCACCUUCCCAAGCGAUCGCCCAUCGCGGCCAACACUUACCCUACCCAACAUUCUGCCCCAGUUCCGGCCGAACGCGAAGAUCUCUCAAGGUCAUCCGCCGUACAUGAAGGAACCGGGCACCUAUCGUGUUCCACCUUCAGCGUUGCUCGUUAAGGCAGGUCCUCCACUACGCAAACCAGCCGGCUAUAACGUCCCCAACAAUCUGCCACCGACGACAGCAGUCCGACGGACGCCUCUUCCGACACGCCUAAUGACACGGCUUAGUCCUGCUCCUAGCCGUCCACAGCUACAUCCAGCAUCGGCUGAGUUGGAGAAUCGCCGCUACUAUCGACUACCACCACCACCACCGCCGGUAAUGAUUAAGGAUCGCGUUUACAACAUUCAACCGCCACGUCUACAGCCACCACCGCUUCCGCCCCAACCGUCCGGCAGUCCGACCAACAUCAUACCACCCGCAGUUACUUCGUCGGAGAAACCAAACGAACCGUUGGAGGAUAGCGAGUUCCAUCGUAACCCGCCACAGAUUCUGCGCAACAUACUGAAGGACGAUCAACAGCAGCGACCCAAGCUCGAACCCGUCGUAACACUUCAGAUGCUGCAGUCGAAGAAGCAGGCAUCGUCCAACAAUUCGCCAGUCGCACAGGAUUCGCUGGGUGAAGAGAGCAAUAACGUUGUGGCUGGAUCUUCACAGUCCCAGCAGCCGGAUGUCGUCAGCAAAGAUCGGCCAGUUUAUGUCGUAUAUCCGGUUAAGAGUACCCCCGUACGAUUGGACAACAAACCACCACACGGUGAUGGAAUAGUGGUUGGACACCGUGGCGAGCAACUGCCAUCGAAACCGAUCAGUCCUGGUACGGAGUAUCAGAACACACCCUUCUCGAUUGCGUCGCACUUUGAGCAGGAACCAAUUCUAACUGCCAAACACAGGAAACCCAACCUCAACGGCAAACCCAACUUCCCCUACAGUCUUGAGAAGCCGGACCCGCUUGCAUUGGUCCAUCAGUUGGACAAAGAGCAAUCUGCUGGACAACCAGUGCAGGACCUGUCGGAAUCGGACUCCGAGUAUAAUCUCGGUGAAGAACCAACGAAUGUGCGUGAUCAGGAUCAGGAUCUGAUCUCGAGCAAAUUGCAACGUUUCCAGACGGACAGCACACCAAUAGCGAUCGCUUACACACCGACGGAAUCCAGUCCGCUGGGGUCGAACAAUAUGCGAUACAGCAAGCCGGUGGGUGGAUAUGGAUCGGCAGCCAACAAUUACUACUACUCGCCCUACGGUGAAACACAGACGGAGGUGUCCUAUUUGAAGAUUGACGAUGUAGACGAGUUCGGGAAUCCAUCGCGACGCUACGAACAAAGCUUCCAGGCACCGUUCCAAGCAAGCAUGAGCCUCGAUCCGGUCAAGGUGACCAAUCCCUACGAAGGAUGGGCCGUAGUAACGUCUUCCCCGCAGGCGCUCAAGCUCCAACAGCAGCAAACGGUGAGCAAACCCGAACCUGCUCCUGUCCGUCAGUACAACAGUCCAAACACGAUCGAUCGUUCGGAUGUUGGUGACACUACCUCGACCGGUACUGGCGAUGAUAGUGCCGAUCGUACCGCAUCCGCACCGGUAACUGCUUCAUCCGCAUCUACCACCACCUUCGAUCCGAACAGCUUCCAGCCGGAACUGCAGGGCGGCUUCCGACCGAUUUACGGAGCGGACGUGAAGUUGAGCGAACAGCUCAACCCUGAUCCGCAGCGAUCGAGCGUAGCCGAUCUGUUUGCUGAGGAGAACGAAGCCGAAAAAGUCAAAGCUCCGCAGAUGAAUGUUACAACGAAACUUCAACCGGUAGAAUCGAAGCCGAAAAUAGUGAAAAAGGAGGAACCGGAUAGUGGAAUGGAUCUCGAUCUGGAGGCAUUCUUUGAUCAGUUCACGAAAGACUAUGACGAUGGCGAGAACGGUCUGGACGACGUGACCAUGAGCGAAGAAACAACGAACGAAGCAUUGCCGAGCAGUGACGAAAGCCAGUACCGUAGCGCUAGCGAAGGACGCAGCAGUAAGGGUACGGUAGGGGAGUCUAGUGUGAGUGCCUCGCCGGAAAGUGCCGCUGUUGCCACUACUGCAGCUGAAACGGUGGAAGAACCAGUCACGAAAGCAACGUGA